AUGGAGGACUGCACGGAGUACAGCCACUCGGCGCUCCAGCACCACAUUCCACCACACCACCAGCUGUCGAAGGACUUGACGCAUCAUCAACAGCAGCAGCAGCAGCACCAGCAGCAGCAGCAGCAGCAACAGCAACAUCAUCAUCAUCAGCAGCAGCAGCAGCAGCAACAGCAGCAACAACAAUCAUCAUCACAUCAUCGUAACAAUGCGCACCACUCGCAGCAGACCCAUCACGCCAAGCUGCUGCAGCAGCAACAGCAGCAACUGCAGCAGUCCCAAGCAACCUCCCAGCAUCACCUCCAGAGUUCCCCCGCCUGGUACCAGGGAGGGGCCGGUGGGACGCUCCGUUCGGCCAGCUCCGGACGGAGGGCUUCCUACGGCCACAACCAGUACCAGCAGCAGCUCGCCCUGCAGCCGCCGGUCAGCUAUCACGAGCUGGCCGACACCGGUUCGAUCGGCAGCGGCGGACACUCGUCCCAGCGCUACUUGCUGGACCCGCCUCAGCAACCACCGGCGCAGCAACCCCAUCAUCUCCAACGCCAAGCGAUCCCCCCGGCGGGCCUAGGUUCGAUAGACCGGCACGGCAGCACGGAUCGGUUCGGGACGCUGGACGAUCCGCUGAGCACCAGCUGCUUGCAGCCGCCAUCGCCGGCGCCGAGUAAUGACCACUACGUGCUGGGGCUGCCGGCACCGGCCCCGACGACCCAUCACUACGCGGACCGGCACUACGGCACGAUCCAGCGCCGCACUGCGAGCCCCUCCAAUAUCAGGUACCGCCACAGUCUGACGGAAAGCUACCGCGACAUGUCCCCGCAGUGUGACCGGUACAUUCCUCCACCAGCCCAUUUCCUCGCCGGCAGCAGCGCCCUGGCCGCCGCCGACACCUACGGCUACCUGGGCUCGAACGUGCACACACCGAUCAAGCGUUACGUCCCGACGCCUCCGCCCCAGGAGCCCCCCUACCAGCCGCUCUCGGGGGCGGUUUCCUCCACCGCCAAAACGCAGGCCCUCAUGAGUGCGCUGCUGAGCGGCCAGGGAGUCUCGAUGGGUGGUGCUGGUCCGCGUACCGGCUCCACCGGGCACCAUGGCGGUCAGGUCGGGGCUCACCAGUACGCGUACGCCACCAGCACCCUGCCCUACGGCUUCCGGGUCAAAGGAGGGGCGGGUGCAGGCACGGGCCACAUCGCUUCCAACGAACCGCCCACCAUAUCGCCCCCGAAAGGCUUCGAGACGCCCGACCUGGGCUACGGCAGCAUCGGAAGCAGCCAGAGCACGGCGGCAAGCAGUAGCAGCAUCAACACGGCGUCGGGUCGAGUCCGCCCGCCCGUCAAGUGUCCGUCUUCCCUGGUGGCCGCCCAUCACACAUCGACCCUGCCGCACGCGUCGUCCCACGGAGGAGGCAGUGGUGGCCACACGUCCCGCAGCAGCAGUCGCCACUCGCAGGUGUCCGUGCUGACGACGAGCGGAGCGGGAAGCGCCAGCACCUACCGCAUGUCCCGCACGUCCAGCGCGGAGUUCCUGGACCAGCCGAGAGGCAGCUACCGGGUGUCGACACCGGUCAGCGUCAUGAGCGAACCGAACGGAGCCGGCAGUGCGUCCUGUCUGCAUUGCAACACACUGCGCCGCACGACCGGAGUGCACCAGACGACGCAGACGACCGGUCCGAUGAGUCCGCAGCCGGACCAGUGCCACUCGGUGCCGAUCAGCCCCGCAUCCCUCACCUCGCCCCAGCUGGCGCCGAGCUCUGGAGUCACCCAACAACCUCAGUACAUCCAACAUCACGGUCCGCAGCAAACGCAGCCGCCGACGCAGCAGCAAUCACAAAGCUCCACAUCGCACCAGUCCCAGCAAACAAGUAUCGCAACCGCACAAUCACACUCCCAGACGCACGAGACCUCCGCCGAGGGAACGCUCGAACGCCCCGACAGAGACAUCAGUACGAUCCCGAGGAACGGCAGCAAGCACCAGUUCACGCAACCGACACGAAACGAUGCGCCCUCCAUGGAGAACAUCCUCAGCGCUAGCAGCAGCCGUUCGCUGCUGGGCCAACAACAACAGCAACAGCAACAGCAACAGCAGCAACAGCAAACUCAGUACAGCAACAUCGGACAGCAGCCAGGUUCGCAGGGAAGUUGUCAAUCCGGUCAGCUCUCUCAACCGAUACCACCGCAACAGCCGACAUCCUCGCCAGCUCCACAACUUCAGCCAUCCACAGCACAGCCGCAACCAAUACCACCGCAACUCACCAGUCCUCAGCAACAACAGCAGCAGAUCUUGCAGGAUCACCAGCAGGCCGCCAUGAUUCUCUCUUCCCAGGCGCCACCGCAACCACCCCCAGGGCCUCCGCAACCCUCGCCGUCUCCGGUUCCCGCUCAACAACAGCAGCCGCCGGCGGUUCCGUCGCCCCCGAUAGUCCCGUACGCCGUGGCCCCGCACGCCAUGGCCCCGCACGCCGCGGGCUCGCUGAACGAUUCCCCGGCCUCGACGCUGCAGCGCAACAGCAACGCUCAGCUGCUGCGCAUCCCGCCAUCGAACCUGUCGUGCAAGCAGCGCGUCAAGGAGUACUUGCGCCGCGAGACGUCCAAGUUCUUCGGCGUGUCGGUGCAGGACGAGGAGUACGAGCGCACCAAGUGGGACGACCGUCAGCGGCGGUUUGCCUGCCGGCGUUUCGGUUCGCUCCGGGACGACAUGGACGUGGGGCGGGCGAGCGCCAACCACCACCACGCCGGCGGCAACGACGGUCACGGGCUGGGACAGCACCACCACCACCAUCACCACCACUACCACGGCCAGGGCGGAGGCGCUGGACCGCUGGCACCCUCGGAUCGGCCGGACAUCCUUCCGGCCCAGAGUCAGGACGAGCGGGAGACGGAGCUGAGCCGUCGGCAGCGCGCCAACCCGCACUACGUCGCCGGGGGACACGAGGCGGCCGGGGACGUGUUUCUGGUGCGCGCCGAGCGCAAGCCAUCCGUGCCGGCCGUCAUCUACAGCGGGCUGAGCUUUGUCGUCCAGAGUCUCACCCGGCGCCGGCUGCGGACACACAAGCAGUGGUCCAGGAGCUUCGCGCCGGCGCACGUGGAGCUGAGUGGGGCGGACGGGGAGCGGGAGCACUGCGACGGGCUGGCACCGAUUCAGGACGGCGAGGCGUUCUUCGACACUCCGACUGCGGUCGUCCCGCUCGGUCCGGGCGGAGCGCCAGCCACCGGUGCCCCGGGACUCGGCGUCCCCGACAACUCCCGCCAGCUGUUCGUGUCCGAGGGCGAACGGACGACCGGCAGCGGCAUCAUCAACGGGUGGCGAACCAAGUCGGCGGAGCUGCACCAUCAGGGGCAUCAGGGGCAACAGGGGCAAGCGGGAGGCCAGGGCGCGCUGCAGGAGCCGCACGGCCAACGGAUCUCCUCGCACAUCCUGGACGGCGUGCUGGACAACUCGAUGCGCCCGGUGCGCAACCGGGUGAAGCUGCUGCGGCCCAACCUGCUCGACGAGCGGUACGACUACCGGCCGUUCUUCACCUACUGGAUCAACACGGUGCAGAUCGUGGUGAUGGUGCUGUCGCUGAUCUGCUACGGGUUCGGGCCGAUCGGGCUCGGCAUGGAGUACCGCUCCGCGCAAGUCCUCGUCACGAGCUUAAGCUUGCAACAGGUGCACCACCAAGAGCCACGCAACAUCUGGAUCGGUCUGCGCAGUGCGGACCUGAUCCAUCUCGGCGCGAAGUACGGCGCCUGCAUGCGGCGCGACAUGAAGAUCAUGGAUGUAGUCUCGAGGACGCGCAAACACGAGCGAGAAACGGCCUGCUGCAUACGGAACGACGACUCCGGCUGCGUGCAGAGCUCCCAGGCGGACUGCUCCAUUCGCGGAUGGCCAUCGAAAACCAUCGCCACGUGGAAGAAGUGGUCGCCGGGCGAGUCCGGACCGGGCGGGCGCAUCUCGGGCAGCGUGUGCGGCCUCGACCCGAAGUACUGCGACGCCCCGGCCUCGAUCGCGCCGCACGAGUGGCCGGACGACAUCACCAAGUGGCCUAUCUGCCGGAAGAACAAUCAGCUGUCGCAGCGCUUCCGCUUCAAGGACCACACGGCCGAGCACAUGGUGUGCGAGGUGAUCGGCCAUCCGUGCUGCAUCGGAGUGUACGGCGAGUGCCGCAUUACGACCAGAGAAUACUGUGAUUUCGUUAACGGGUACUUUCACGAGGAGGCUUCACUGUGCUCGCAGGUCUCGUGCUUGAACGACGUGUGCGGCAUGUUUCACUUUCUUGCCGUCGACUACCCGGACCAGUUCUACCGUCUCUUCACGUCGCUGGUGCUGCACGCGGGCCUCAUCCAUCUGAUCAUCAGUGUUGCCUUCCAGCACCUGCUUCUGGCCGACCUCGAGCGGCUGAUAGGCCCGUUGCGGACGGCCAUACUGUACAUUGGCUCGGGAAUCGCUGGGAAUCUGACGAGUGCAAUAUUUGUGCCCUACAAGGCGGAGGUUGGACCACUGCCAUCGAUAGCCGGCGUGCUGGCGUCGCUAAUGCUGCAGCUUGUGCUGUGCCACUGGAAGAGCUUGAAAAAACCACACAUAGCUAUGAUCAAAUUGCUUAUACUCGGCUGCACCCUGUUCGGGCUGGGAACACUGCCACUGCAGCAGAAUUUUACCGGGCUGAUCGCGGGCCUACUCACCGGGAUAGCCCUCACGCUAGCAUUCGUACCGUUUGUCAACGUUACUAAACAUAGUCGUAAGAGCAAGAUCAACCUCAUUUGGACGUGUGUGACGCUGCAGUUCAUCCUGUACGCCGUAAUGUUCAUCGUAUUCUACGCCUUCCCGACGCUGUUCGAGUCGCUCAACUUUAUCGACGGGAACCAGCUGAUGGAUCCGAACGCGGGCCACGGCUACCACGACCACUACAGUCUGUACGAUGGGUACAACAACUACAACCCGCUCGGCGGUGGCCACUCGUCCGGCGGCCACGGUCACGGCCACGCCACGGGCGGUCCCGGGAACGGGGCGGGCAGUGGUGGUAGCGGCGGCGGGAACCACAUCAUUGGCACGUACAACAACAAUUACAAAUCUUCCGGCGGUGGGGGUGGGGGUGGUGGUGGCAACGUUAUGCACAAUCAUCACGAUUACAGUGCCGGCCCGGGUGGCGGAGGAGGUGGUGCUGGGGGCGGGGGUAGUGUGAUGUCGGGAGGGGGCAGUCGUCCGAACGGUGGUGGCCGGAGCUCGGCCGGCAACAACCUCCUCAAGACGAUGUGCGAGAAGGGGCAGUGUGUGCUGCGGCAGCCACGCCAUGCUGAUACGAAUGCAUGA